ACUCGAUCGGAUCGGCCGAUACUGAUUCCGGCGAUCGGCCCCAAAAUUGGCGAACGGAGCAUCCCUAUACAAAACAUACUGUGUGUGUAUUUGUUUUCCCACGGUAGUGUCUUUGGUUUCACACUUUUACGUUUUCAGUGACAUGUUUAAACUACUUAGCCUGCCCACCUGUGAGAUUUAACAUGGACCUCCACAUUGAUGUCUUGUUUCUGGUUUCCCACCUCCAUUCUGUCGCCGUCCAUCUCUGCAAAGCUGCAGACAACAGAGCAACAAUCAUGACUUUAUUGCAGCAUUGUUUACUAUUUGCUAAACGUUAACUAGGUAACUUAAGCGAUAGUGAGCUUUAGCUAGCUAACUUAGGUGGCUAACGUUAACGUAUCUCAAGUAGUAGCUGAAGCUUAUCAGUCAGUCUACUACAUUAACACAACUGUAAACAUACCUCACACCAUUUAAGACAAGACUGGGAAUACUUGCAUCCACCAAAGUUGUGGUACCCAAGAAACUACGGACGGUCCGCUGUCAGAAAGCCGACAACACUCGCUCAAAUACCGCGCCGAUUAGUUAAACCCGGAAGUGCUUCAUUUAAUUUCUGUAUCACUUCCGCCGCUAGCUUUCUUGCUGCAGAGCUACAGUAAAGCUAGCUACUACUUGCAAUAUAAUUGGAAUAAAGUCAAAUCUUCGGAUAUAAAACACGGAGAGAUGGGGAAAAAACACAAGAAACAUAAGCCGGAGUGGAGAACAGUUGAUGACUGUGAAGACAAGGCUCUUGAGAAGCCCCUGAAGCUUGUGCUCAAAGUUGGAGGAAGUGAGGUGACGGAGCUCUCUGGUUCGGGCCAUGACUCCAGCUACUACGAUGACAGAUCAGACCAUGACCGGGAACGGCACAAAGACAAAAAGAAGAAGAAGAAGAAAAAAUCUGAAAAGGAUAAAGACAAAUAUGCCGAUGAUGAUGAGAGAAGACGACGGAAGGAGGAAAAGAGGAAGAAGAGAGAGCGAGAGCAGAACGAAUCAGAUGCUGCAGCUUCUACUGCCCCCAGCAACGUCGGCGUGGCUGUUGAACCCUUCACAUUGCCAAAAAGUAGCAUAAGCAUAAGUAUUGGACUAGAGCCAGAGGAGAAGAAAAAGAAGAAAGAGCGAGAGAGAGAUAGAGAGUUUGAGCUAGAGGACGAAAUGGAUGAGUUUGACCCCGAUGGGAAGAUGGAAGGAGAUCCGCUGGGAGACAGGCCGGUCCGAGCAUGCAGGACACAACAAGAGAGUGAAUCCACUCCUCGUCAACAACUGCUGGAGCACUUUCUGAGGCAGCUGCAGAGGAAAGACCCCCAUGGAUUCUUCUCAUUUCCAGUAACAGAUGCAAUCGCUCCCGGUUACUCAAUGAUCAUCAAACAUCCUAUGGACUUCAGCACCAUGAAGGACAAGAUUAUGAACAACGAUUACAACACAGUUACCGAAUUUAAGGGGGACUUCAAACUGAUGUGUGACAACGCCAUGGUGUACAAUCGACCAGAGACCGUCUAUUACAAGGCUGCCAAGAAGCUGCUCCACACAGGAUUCAAGAUGAUGAGCAAGGAGCGGCUUCUGGCUCUGAAACGCAGCAUGUCCUUUAUGCAGGAAAUGGACUACACCCAGCAGGCAGCCAUUUUGGGAGAUGAAGAUCUUGAGGAUGAUUUACCUCUUCCAGAGAUAAUCCCCAGCCCAGUGGAAUCAGCUAAGAAGUCCAAGAAACAACCAGUCAAGGACAUGAAGGAAGUCAGUUACCUGUUUGAACCAGAGGGGAACGCUUGCAGCUUGACUGACAGUACAGCAGAAGAGCACGUCCUGGCACUCGUUGAGCAUUCAGCUGAUGAAGCUCGGGAUCGGCUCAACAGAUACAUGCCCAACUCCAAGAUGGGCUAUCUGCGUAAAGAAGCAGACAGUUCUCUUCUUUAUACGGUUGUAAAUCAGCUUGAACCUGAGGUAGAAGAAGUGGACACUCAUAAAGUGGACCUGAGCUCUUUGUCAAAUAAGCUUCUGCCGGGAUUAACAACUUUGGGUUUCAAAGAUGACAGGAGACACAAAGUGACUUUUCUGAGCAGUGCCUACAACGUCCAGACCCUUCAGAAUAACUCCAUCUAUCCAGACCUGCAACCUGAUGAGGUGGACAUGCUUUAUUCAGCCUAUGGCGAUGACACAGGAGUACAAUGUGCUCUCAGCAUACAGGAGUUUGUCAAGGGCUGCAGCGGUGUCACAAAGCAUUGGGUCGACACGCUUCUGGACAAGAUGACUGCAGACGAUCACACUAAAGCUGUCAAUCAAAUCCGACAGAAACGAAAUAUCAUGCUUAAACCCGAUGAAACCAAAUCCAACAUCUGUGACAUGCAGAUGGCAGACGGCAGCGGCCUGGGAGACAGUGGCUCAGUCCUGGACUUCAUGUCAAUGAAGAACUACCCAGAUAUGUCUCUGGAUAUAUCCAUGCUGAACUCAUUAGGUAAAACAGUUAAAAAGGAGCCGUGUAACGAGGAUGGCCAGCAGCAAUUUGAUGAAGCAGACAAACUCCUGCAAGAGUUCCAGGACGCUCAGGUGGACAGAGUCGGCUCCAGACCAUCGUCCAACCUGUCCUCCCUCUCUAAUGCCUCAGAGAGGGACCAGCAUCAUCUAGGGAGCCCAUCACACCUGGGCGUUGGGGACCAGUCUGAAAUGGUUCCAGACCCCUACGAGUUUCUGCAAUCUCCGGAGCCAGAGAGCACAUCUAACAGCUGACCACACACACUGCCAUUUUGUUAUCCUGGUGUUAACAGCACUGGGUACUCAGUCUUGGACUGAUUUAAACACUGCGGAAACUGCAGGAGCCUCUGACCUUUUUAAAGACUAAAUAUGAUUGUACAGGAUGUUUGUAGUGUCAUUGUAUGUUUUUGUAUUUGUGAAACAACUGAAAAAUAAAAUCUUGCACCUGUAUUUAUAAAUGCGUGUGGUUAAAUAAGCCAAAUAGAAACUGUUAU